AGCGCUUCUCCUCAGCUUUAGAUGAGCAAAACCUUUCUCACUUCUGUCAAAUGGGACAGAGUCAUAUUUGAUGCUCCGCUGAUCGUAUCUCGGAGUUGGCGAUUCCUUGUGAUACAGCAAGAACUCAACAAUAACCUCUUGUCUGUCCAGCACUGACAGACACUCGACCAUGAAUGCAGUGAACUUUACCAGCACUUUACCAGCGAUGAACAGCACCAGGACUUACACCACAGAGACCCCACCAGGCUCUUCUACGGAAUAUGAUUACAUAGACUACGGGACUGGUGACUAUGGGAGGUGUGAAUAUGAGCAGCACGGGGUCAAAUUCCUUCCAGCUCUCUACACAAUCUUCUUCAUCCUGGGCCUCUUGGGGAACUCGCUGGUCAUCUGGGUCAUCGCCUGCGGGGUUCGGCUCCGCAGCAUGACCGACGUGUGCCUGCUGAACCUGGCGGUGGCGGACCUCCUCCUGGUGUGCUCGCUCCCCUUCUUAGCCCACCAAGCCCGCGCGCAGUGGGACUUCGGGGACGCGAUGUGCAAGCUUGUGCUGGGGGUUUAUCACAUCGUCCUUUACUGCGGGAUCUUUUUCAUCUGCCUGAUGAGCAUUGACCGGUAUCUGGCCAUAGUCCACGCCAUCUGCGCCAUGAAAGCGCGCACGCGCUCCAUCGGGAUCAUUGCGGCCGUCGUGGCGUGGGCUGUUGGGUUUAUAGCCUCCUUCCCUGACGUGCUCUACCUGAAAGAGCAGGUAAACGGUGGCAUCAUUUCCUGCUAUCCCGAAUACCCCAAAGUUGGCCUGAACGAGACCAGCACCCACCUGUGGAAGGUCUUCAGCCUCGUGAAGAUGAAUGUGUUGGGUCUGUUCGUGCCGCUCCUCAUCCUCGGGUACUGCUACUCGCGGAUCGUCUGGACGCUGCUGUUCAGCCAGUCGUCGAAGAGACAAGCCAUCCGGGUGGUGAUCAUAGUGGUCGCCACCUUCGUCUGCUGCUGGCUCCCGUACAAUGUUGUGUCGUUCGUCAAAGUGCUGGAGCUGUCGCACGUCCACGCGGAAUGCGAGAGCAGCAAAGCCAUUUUCUUGGCUUUGCAGAUCACAGAGGCCAUCGCCUACUCCCACAGCUGCCUGAACCCCAUCCUGUACGUGUUCGUGGGGCAGAAGUUCCGGAGGCACCUGAGGAGGAUGAUCAUGAGGGCCCCCUGCAAACCGUGCCAGCUGAUCAAGGUCUACAUUCCUCAGGACAGGUCGUCGGUCCAAUCGCAAACCUCAAGCAUCAUGCAGAGCACGGGGUUGUGAAGUGGAGUGGGCGUGAUUUGGUUUCAACUUCCCGUCCAUCUCAGAGAACAUCUAUUAAUACAUAGAAAAGAUCUCACUUAUAUGAUGCAUAUAGAAAGCUAAUUCAGGUUGCAACAAGAGUUAGAGUAACAGAGAAAGACCUAUAUUUUAUUUUAUUAUAUAUAUUUUAUAGGCAGCAGAAUUGUAAAUUUGUAAAUAUGGUUUAUCAUAUAUCAAUGAAAUGAGAUUUACGAAUAGUUCUGAAAUGGAAGCUAAAGAAAGGGUCACUCUUUGUUUAGUCUGGGCUUGACAUACUCACUCUGUUCCUUUGUACUGGUGGACAAAUGAUUAAAAAUGCAACAAAUUUAUUUUGCACAUUAUGGCCACACCCACUAAUGCCCUAGUUUUGUGUCUAUCAAACAGUCAUGCAGCAAAAUGGUGCGGGUGCAGCUGUCGAUCUUAGUACAGCAAGUUUCGGAGCAUCCGCAGCAGCAGAUUUGCACUUAACCUCGCACCUACAGAAAACCACAACCUGAAAGGGGAAGCAUGUAACCAAGUCGGCCUGUAACCUUUGCAGACUUCUGAGCACAUCUGAGUGUUUCACCUGCAAAUUGUUGAAGAACAUUUAUGAAUUUAUUACCUUGCGAAGGGAAAACAUGUUUUUGUUUUUCAUGUAUUCAUGUUAGACGUUUCUCCCCCUCUGUGCCUUGCGCUCGCUGCAGUGGCACUUGUUGAGUUUUGAGAUGUAAUUUUGUUUUGUUACAUUUUCUAAACAUUUUAUAUUUUCUUGCGCUGACCUUUGUUGUAAGUCAAUGCCAUAAAAAUAAAUUCAUUACAAUAAACUGAGCUAAAACUUAGAUGACGGUGAGAGAAUCAUUUCUACAGCUUGUGAGCUGAUGGGUCAUAGUUUCAAAAGCAGCAAAAAGCAUUUAUCUCCAGACCAAGAAAGACGGAAAGCUGCGACUGCUGCAAAGGGAGCAGGUUGAGAUGAACCCGGCAGUUUCUCACUUUGAAGUGAACGCUGAUGGGAAAAGCGACACUUUUAUUCCUUUCAAAUGGAAUCUUCCACAAGGAACCGUUGGUGACUUUAUGAAUUACUUUAACUGUAAAAUUUUAAUGGCACCAUCAUGAAAUCCGUAUAAAGUGGAAGAGGAUGUACAGUAACAGACCGGAAGCAUAUAAACCCCAAUGAGCCAGCAGCUACUUCUGAGCUUUUUCUAUUAUUGAACUCCUGUUGGUUACAAGUAUUUCAGCUGGUUUUGAAUUUGAAUUUGUCAUUCAUCAAGGUACUGUAAAACUACUACUGUACUUUGAAUCCCUAUACUCUCCAUCAUGCUACACUGAUAAUAAGCAGCUGUGCUGCAGUAUGAGGUGACCUAUGUAGUCCCAGCUACGUUCCCCGUGCUCCUCCUUUAUCACAGCCUAGGCUUGUUUCGGCCUAAUGCCUGUUCAUUCGAGGUUCCCAGGCUGGUUAACACUUUCCACCUUCUCCUUUCAGUCUUUGUAACCCAGGUUUUGUGCAUGUGCAGCCUCAAAGCCAAAGCUCAAGUAACCUGAAGACAAGGCCUCUGUGUGACAUCAUCGAGGGGGUUGUUUACCUAGACUAGCAUGCAAGUGAAACCACAUCCACAUUCAUGCGUCUGCACCACACACUGAGUCGGAUUGAAGAUCUGACGUUGUUGCAUGAAGUUAGUGGAGACUUACUCAUAUGUUUGUACAGGUGAACUUAGGAUUAUUACAGCAGUUUAGCACUCAAACACAGAAACAUGGUUUUAAGGUCAAAGCCUAAAAUGAUAUAAAAUUUACAUUUUGUCAUUAUUGUGAUUGUAACAUGAUUGUCACUGUUAUGUUGUGAUGUUUUAUGUUUAUAAUUAUACACAAAUGAUGUUUCUUUACUUUUUCAUUAAAGCAGAAUUUUACAAACUGA